AUGCCUACGCCGGCGGAGUCUCUCGCGACCGUCCCCGAGGCAUCUGCGUCUGCUGCGUCUGCGUCUGCUGCUGCUGCGCCGCCGACGGCCGCCGCCUCGGCCGAAGCCGGCGAUAGUGCUGGUAGCAAUUCAAGACCGCUCAGAGACGGCGCAGCGCAGGCGCCGCUGCCGAAUACACCGCCGCCGAUCGUUGCUUUGUUUCUGAUUCGGUUUGAUACUCGUCGCGGCUACGUCAUUGAUUGGAGUCGAACUUCUUCACCAGCGAUAACAUUGGACAGCAUCGAAUACAAAGCGUUUCCCUCGGGCCUGCAUCAUUUCAAAAGCGAUGUCAUAUACUUCAUGCACGGCGAGUACUACUCCGGAGUCUCUGUCUUUCUCCGGAUAGACACCGACAACGCGGCCGAGCGAUUCGCACGAAUGUAUUCUCUGGGUGUAUUAGUACCUAGCGGGUUGGUCAAACGAGGAAAGUCUACUGCCGGUGCUGGACGCCUGGGUAGAAGCUGGGGUCAUGUCGAUGGGUUGAAGCAGUUACUAGACGACUACUCUCGAAAUGCGGAAGAUUUCCAGCCGCUGGAGGCGUAUUUCAAAGAAUUCGGUCUCAGCGCUUCUGAUUCUGCCUCAACGUCGGCUAGCAGUACGUCUGCAUCCGAAACUGCAAUCUACAACCCUCCACGCCGUCCUUUCGAGCUCAAUUCCUCCAAGAUCAAAUUCCAACCUUCUCAACUGCAACAAACACAACCACAACCACAGCAACAACCCAGCACCAUCGCCUCAUCCGACAACGAUACCUUCUCGCAGUCAUUCAGCGGCGCGGCGCCGAUUCUACCCAAAAGUCAUCCCGCGCACUCGCUCCCGUCGUUUCUCGACACCUUCGGACCCCUGGUAUUCAAGAUCUGGAAAGCAGCACUAGCUCGCGAGCGGAUCUUGAUCGUUGGCGAUAUCCCGCUCGAGCAAGGCUGCAAUUUCGUCUACGACAUUGCGAUCCUCGCGAAUAUACCCCAGGCGAUCUCCGAGAUGCUUCCGAUCCCCGCGUACCGAAUACGGCCGCUAUUCUCAGUCGGACUGAAUGACAUCGACUACCUGCGCUCGCUGUCGAAUCUCACCCCCGCCGAGGGCGCGCGACAAAGGAAGCCGAGGCCGUUUUAUGGGUGGAUCGCGUACACGACCGAUAAGCUUCUGCAAGAGAAAAAAGAUUUGUACGAUGUCGUCGUGAAGCUGCCUCCGAUGGCGGCCUCGAUCUCCGCUGCUGCGUCGGCAGCGAUAUCGACCUCUUCGCGACCGGCGUCGCCGCACUCGCUUAAUGCUUACUCGGCAGUGUAUCACCCCGUGACUGAGACUAUCCAGGAGAAGAUCAGGUACCCUGCGAUUUACUACGAGUCGAAUCCGAAAGAGCGACUGAAAGCCUCGAUCAGAGACAUGCGCCGGUUCCAGAGCUUGGAGGCGCAGAUCGGGAACUCGAUCGAUCCGCGGCAUCGGUGGUAUCAGCGGUUUUAUCAGGACCUGGAGGUUGCCGAGGAAGAGGCCGAGUACGUGAAUCUAGAGCGGAGGGUCUCGCUGAGCUCGAGCAGCACGGACGAGUUUUCCGCACACACGGAUCGCAGACGACGAAGGCCUCCCUCGAGCGAGACGAUGGCGUUGCUGGCGGCGUCGGAAAACAUCACCGCCGCCGCGAGCGAAGACGAGAUUUACAACGACGACCCUGAGCUUUUCUUCUCUACGAAAACCGACCUCGCGACCGAGCAGCCGUCCUGGAAGCAGCUCACGUGGCUUGGUUUCCUGUGGUGGGCGUCAGCGGGAGAAGAGGCGCGGAUAGACGAGGAAGAAGUAGCGGAGACGAAUGCGCGGGGUCUUGUGAAUAACGAGACGACGACGUCGCUUGACCGGCAAGCCGCGCAUAUCGAGCGAGGUACGCGCCCGCUGCUUCUCGACGACUCGAUCUCGCGGUCGUCGUCGGUGGCAACUACGCCGAUGGCACUCUCGAACGAGGAAAGCUUUACGUAUAUCUCGCCGUUCCAGGAUAUCUCGCAACUAGACGAAGCAUUUAUGCGCCGCAUGUCUGCUACGAAACAAGACCGGCGCCGCUCGAGCGUCUCGGACGACGAAGAAGUCGAAGGCGCGGCGAUGAUCGCGGCCGCUAUCGAGUCCUCCAAACAAGUCUCCAUCAUCGCGUUCUUCCACCGCUUCACCGCGCGCAUCUUCUCCGAACUCUCGCGCAUGGUUCAAGAGCAAAACCUCGUGAUCCAAAAACUCGAACCCGCCGCCCGCCGCCGACGCAGCGCAAGCACCGCCGCACAAGCUCCGAGCGUGAUGGAAGCGAAGCAGACGCUGUGGAUUUCCAAAGUCGAUAUGUUGGCUAUGGGCCUUGAUCCCUGGAGCGAGAGCGACUCGAGGUUCGUGAGCACGAUCGUCGAGAGAUGGUGGGGCGGGCAGAUCGAGUCGAGGCGGGAUAACGAGUUUUUGAAUUCAAUCACUUUCUGCUGCUGA